CGUGUGUGUACCAAUCAAUUCAACUCAAGUAAGCACCGCCGACACUUCAGCUGCUUACACCUUCAAAGUGUUCAUCCCGUCCUCUGCACUCUUUGAAUCUCAUCUUCACUCUCUCCCAUCCAACUACCCAUUCACCAAACCCCACUCCUUCGGCGCUGAAAUAUCCUUCCUCUAUACCCCCCUACUCUCACGCCCUCAUAGGACUCUAGUGCCGAAUACUCUCGCAUCUUCUUUUACCCGAUUUUACUAAAUUGCUCGCCACCUGUCAUAUCGGACCGCUCUCCCUUCCCUCUCGCUCACACUCUCAAUCCUUUAAUUCGACCAGCACCCCUAUCCCUAUAUCACAACAGCCAUGGAGAUGGACUCACCAUACGACGACUGGAAUAAAAACAUCCAUGCAGUCAUCACCUUCCUCGAGCCAUUCUUUGACGACUGGCGAAGUUAUGCGAGUCUAGUCAGCGCACUACUGGGUGUCGGAGUCCUUAUUAUGGAGAACCAGGUGUUGCUGCGGAUGCGAAUGGGACGCUGGGAGAUCCUUGGAUACGUCUUGUGGUGUAUUAUCUCGUCCAUCCUUGGGCCUAUCUUUGACAUUGUCGUGAUGCUUGGGCUGUUGGCAUACUGCCGUCAGAAGAGUUCGCGUAUGCAUAUCACAAACGAGGCCAUUGCGAAAGCAUUGCUGCCUCCUCCAGUAGCCGCAAACUACAGGAUUAUGGGUCUCGUUUGUGUCACGGCAUCAUUCCUCACGAUGUGUUCGAAUAUCCUGUAUAUGCUGCGGGGAUGGGAAGAACCCCUGCCGUUCUACGACUGGUCCUCAAACGGCAUUCGAUGGAUGACCAGCCAGCUUUGGUAUGCCAUCGGCAUGAUAUUUCUUUUCCAUGUCGUGACGAGACCAGCUCAGAGCGGCGUGGUCCUGUUUGGCAAAUUUCCACGAGAUCUGUGGGCGUUCAAGUGGUAUCUCUGCAUCCUUUAUCUCCCCGUGCGCUACUUGCUCCUGGGGCUGUGCGAUCUGCAUCGUGAGAACAAGCGCGUUCUGAUUCCACUAGAGAUCGUGGUUGAUAUUGUGCUCUACAAUGGCCCGUUCCUGACAACACUCUUGCGACUGCUCUACCUGGCAUGGAAGGUUGCCUAUGACGAGGCCGUGCUCACAGGUGCGAUCUAUGCGGACGAGUCCGGCCCUGUCGGAAAUCCGGCCCAGAGCAUCGGCUCAUUUUUCUUUUCCAAUUCAGACAACACCAGUUCACAACGCGAUAUUUCCGCUACCCGUCCAGGAAGAAGUGGAUAUGUGGGGUUGGCGAUGGAGGACUUGGAUGAGGCUGAGCAAGGACAGAGUCGGGCCAUGGGUCAGGGAGAAAGCGGAAGAAUUUCGUCCGGCUCAACCAAUACAUCUUCAGCUGUCAAGUUCAAAAAGUCUGGCCAUGGAGAUAGUUUGGACAAGCGGAGCGGCAACAGCCAUGGGAGCAACGUCAGCAACAACAGCAACAGCAACAGCAACAUCAGCCCGCCAGCUUAUGACAACAGGGAUUACUCACCCAAGAACCUGUCCCCAAAGGCAUCGUCCAAGGGCUCACCCAGGAGCUCAUCCCGGACUUCGCCCAGGACGUCCCCAAAGACGAGUAGUCCAUUGAGGAAUGUUGUCUUUAGCUUUGAUUCGUCCGAUGAGGAUGACAAUGACGAGGACGGUGUUGCGCGCCAGGACGACUACUUGCACGCGUAGAGGACCCAUAGAAUCUUUUUUUUUUUUUUUUUUUUUU